AUGGACGCAUUCGACAUAUCUCUGCAAAUAGACCAAGUCAAGGAUUCCCUCAAGGAAAUCAAGGACGACGCAACGGCCGCCGCUCUCGCCACCCAGUCAAGAAUCGACGCACUCUCGGAUAUGCUCAAGGACCACAUUCAAGGCAUGGAACAGAAAAUCGCUGUCAUCUUGGAAAGAACCAAACCGCGAUCAAUGUGCGUUUUUUGCACGUACGAGGACAACAAGGACUCUCACCCCACAGGGAGGAGCGUCACUGUAUCGUCCUACGAAGACAUGAACAGAUACGACAAAAGGUUUCAGUACUUGAUUGAAAAAUUCAGCACAGUCUUCAAGUAUUGUGAUCGGGAAGAAACCAGCUUGUUCCAUCAGGUAGUUUAUUGCUCACAUCAAACUCUUGUGCCAAAGCUUCGCACCAAUACACAGCAGUUCUUUGCUGAAAACGCGAAUAUAAUAAGUGACUGA